AUAGAUAUGUCGGAGAUGUACAGAUCGUAUCUGGAACCAAGAGAAAAACUCCGUGUCCUUCAUGCUGAGUGGCUGGAAAUAAAGCGAAAGGAAAUGGAACUUCAGACGGAAAUUGGAGAUAUUGAACGGAGAUUUGUCUCAAUGAUUGAGAACUGCGGAGUAUCGAGAAACCAUUUUCCAUUUCCAGCUCCGGCUAGACAGGUCCCUGGGACUCCAUCAUUUCUGUUUCCCACCUCUGGCUCACUCACACGGGUAUCAGCCUUAUCUAAUUUAGCCGAGGACUUAACAUUUUGUAAUCAUCCUUAUCAGGGAAAGGAUCAGAGUCUUUACGAAGAUACGGUACACAUGGGAGAUACUACAAUUGAAGACGUCCAUGACACAACGUUCUUCUCAUCAGACCUCGACAAAGAGUCAGAGGAGAAAAAGUUUGAAGAAGACACCGACACAAAUCAGCUAGUGCCCGUAAUCGAUGUUGACGGAGAGAAGAUUUACAGAGUAGUUGAGGGCUGCGAGACCGAGACAAAGAUGCUGAUAAAACGGCCGUGCUGUGCAAAAGCAUCACCAAGCAUGAUAGAUCACGCGAUUUUAAAAGAAAUAGCUAAAAGACCGAAGACUAAAAGACCAAAAAUCAGUCAUCCACAGGCUUGUUCCACUUUCAUCGGAAAAGAUGAAGUGGUGGAGGAGACGAUUGAAGAUGACGAUACCAGCUUCCGGUCUACAAACGACAGUUCCAGCACGUUAUAUAUUGAAGAUGAUGGUACGAAAAAGUUCCCUCGAACCAGCACCAAAAUCAACCUUUCUCCUGAGACAGAUAUACAUUGUGUUCCCGACAUAACAGAUUCACUUUUCUCAGGAAAUUCCAGGAACUCUGACAAGCGGCACCGAUCACAGAAGAAACACAGCAGACACUUAGCUACAGGAGACAUGGACAUCUCACUCUAUUCAACUCUUGGAUCAAUGGGAGAUGCCUCUGUUUUUCAACAAUCCCGAGUGGUACGAAAAGGUGUACCAAAAACUGGAUUGCUGCGUAGACAGACUUGUAUAACACAACUGGUCGACCCCAGAGCUUUGGUAAAGAAAAUGAAACGCUUCAACAGCAACUUACGAAACAAAAAAAUCAACCUCGCUCAUACUCUGUUAGUGAUAUAACCGUUGUUGAGUUAACUAAUGAAAUUUGUUCUGUGUAAACUUUAGAGAGAUCGUAUAGUGCUACUUUUGUACAAAGCAUUAUUUAUUGUCUUCGUUGAGAAGUGCAGUACAUGUCAAUAAAAUAUGCAUAAAUGCUUGUUUUUUUUUCUGUUGAUUAAAAACUUAAAACUAGG